CUGAUUAGAAUUUAUGUGUAACACCCACAAGUGAUCCUCACUUAGAUCUAGAUCUAGACAACAUUACUUCAACUGAAACUGAUUAUUUUGCUCUACUUGUAGAAAUAAAAAAGCAAUAGAUCUAGAAUUUAACAUCUAGAUGUCUAGAACAAUUUUAAUUACCUUUGGUCACUGGCCAUCGCCGCUGUGUCACCAUGGGGAAAGAAAAGUCCUCCAGUUCAUCAGUACUCCAAGCGCAUUAUUCUGAAAUCAAAGAAGAGCUGCUAAUGCCAGACAUUGUGAUCAACCAACCUUCCUUUACCAGUCCAUCCAAGACCAAGGGGAAUAUCGGUGCCAUAGGAAGUUUUGAGCAUGCUGAUGAGGGCAAUGUCCAACACGCUCAGCUGCACCACAACGACAUCGUGGAGGCGGACAGCAAUGAAGUCGCGAAAGAGUUAGAACUGGAGCUGCCAGACCAGCGCGUGUCUCAUGGAGAAGUCGCUAAAUUUGUUCUACCGGAUUCUCAAAGUCACAUUCCAGGUGUCGAGAACGAGGCGCAACGUUCUGAUUCUAAAGAUCAAGAUGACAUGUUACUUCCAUAUGACGCUGUGGAUCUCCGUGAUGUGUUCAAGACACAGCUAGUACUGAGACAUGUGAGAGAUAUGUCUUCUCAGACAGAUUAGAAAUGGAAGGUGAUGGCUGAACGCUGGGGGCAUGGCAGAAUUCUAAAGUCCAGCAGUGAAUGGGGAGCAGUGGACAAGACUAUUUUGAAACUGGGUGACCGGAAGAAAGCCACAAACAAAAAUACUGUCAAGAAAUUUGGGAGCAUUCAUUCUAUUCAAGAAACUGAAAUUCAACUUAUGGCCUUGAGGAAAAUGCGAGACAUUGACAAAUGUGUAGACACAAGUGACCUUGACUUUGACCCCGACGACUACGUCCAGUUUAUGCGCCUGAGAAACAAACAGAUGAGCAGACGAUUUUCAAAACGAAGGUCAACACUAAUCUCACACACCGAAGCUCCUAGAAAGGUAUCGGACGAGGAAGUCUAUCUCGAAGAUGCUCCAAGUCAAAUAUCGUCUGAUUGAACCGGAAGUUUCAAAUCACGUGAUGCGUCUGAAGAAGUGGGGAGUCAUGGGAUACGCCAUUUCCGCCAAAUAUCAUCCCAACAUUUUGCUAAUAUCCCAUGAUACAAUGCAAACAUCCCUACAUAGUUUACUCGACAUAUUAACAUUAUUAGUAAAACAUGUGUACAUACUUCUAAUAAUUUUUACUUUUCAUUAGUAGAAUAAAAAACACCACUUCAUCCUAUGAGUAUAUAUACAAAGGUAGACAUAUUGUGAUAUAUUUUUAUAUCUUUAAGCCGUACAAUUAUUAGCUUUAAGAUUUAUCUAGGCUAUCAUCUUUAAUGUCAACUGUAUAGUCCUAAAAUGUUUAUUAUAUAUUCAAUAUAUCAUUUUUAAUAGAACUUUUAUAUUAAAGAUAUCAAAUGUUCGUAGUGUCAUUAAAGGGAAGUUAAUGUCACAACAUUAUUUUACUUGUAUUUGUAAGAGUUAUCUUCCUUGAGCCGACACAACUCGCAAGAUCUACGUAAAACAACUCACUGUUCAGUUGACAAUAACAACUAACAAUUUGUGUUGUCUCUAUACACAUACAUUUUCAUGACGUAGUGCCGCAGAACAUCCCUUAGUAUUUAUACGUAGCUUAUAUAACUCAAAGCACUUGAUAUAUGUAACAUAUGAAACUAAUGUCAGCAUUGUAUCUGCUUGUGUCUUGUUCAAUAAAUCUGUUUUUAAAACAUAAAGAAUCACGAAACAGACAAUGCUCAAUCAUGGACAAAUAGUUCAACAUUUAUGUCUACUAAGUCAUUGGCUAGAGAAUACAUUGUAUCAUCUGUAGGAUUAACACUGUAGUCAUUGCAACAAGAAAUUAAAUCGUUAAAAAUGAAA